CAUUCUCUCAAGAGCACCCAGUUCCUGCAUAAUUUAUUCAUUUGAACUGGGUUACGCACACUAUAAGCUUAGCUUUCAAGAUCCUGCUGCUCUUAAUUAACCUUAGCCUCUUAGAUAUUCAUCCAUUACCCAAUUUAACGGGGUAAUGCUGGGUUUUUUACCCAGCCACACACUUCCACCCUGCUUCUGGUCAAACAGCCUGUGGCUAUUCAUCAGUCCAGACCCCAAGACAAUGUUUCUCAUUUGGGCAGUUCUGGACAGAACUAGUUUAGAGACAAUGCUCUCAGAGUGAAGGGCCUAGUGCAUACCCAAAUGAAAAAGGACAAGGAGAGUAUAUAAUGGGGACCAGCAAGAGGAUAUGACCAAGAAGGGGAGAGCAAAAAACAGAAGAAAAAAACGAAUAGAAGGAGUGAAGAAGAAAGAAGGAAAAUAAUGGCUCGACGCUCUCAAAGCACCAGACUGCACCUGGCAGUGACCGUCCUGAUGUGUGCCUUUGUCUCCACUGAUGGAGUGGACAUGAACGACCUGCUGGAGAGAGCCUCCCAACUCUCUGACAAGCUCCACUCACUCAGCACCUCCCUCACCAACGACCUGGACUCUCACUUCCCACCUAUAGGAGGAAAGAUGAUGAGACCAUCCAUGUGCCACACUUCUUCUCUCCAGAUCCCCAACGACAAAGAUCAGGCCCUCAGAGUGCCGGAGAAUGAGCUGCUGUCUCUGGCUCGCUCUCUGCUGCUGGCCUGGUCGGACCCUCUGGCUCUCCUCUCCACCGAGUCCACCACCCUGCCCCACCCUGAGCGCAGCAACAUUAACAGCAAGACCAAAGAGCUGCAGGACCAUACCAACAGCCUGGGAGCCGGCCUAGAGCGCCUGGCCUUUAAGAUGGGCCCCUCCUCUGAGGCCCUCUCCUCUCUCCCUUUCUACAAUAACAACCUGGGUCAGGACAAAAUCUCCCGCCUGGCCAACUUCCACUUCCUCCUGUCCUGCUUCCGCAGAGACUCCCACAAGAUCGACAGUUUCCUCAAAGUCCUCCGAUGCCGAGCAGCCAAGAUGCGACCUGAGAUGUGCUAGAGGGUCAAAGAUGCUGUUCUGACUCAGUACCACCAUCUGUGGGUCAGAAGUGAUACUGAAUCAGAAGAGCAGGACAGUGGAUGGGGUUCAUAUCUUACAAACAAAACAAGCGAUUCUGAGUGUUUCUUUACGAUUCCAGACCUUCAGACUUCUAGACGUUGAACAUCCAUGAUGUGUGAUCUGUUCUAUGUUCCACAUCAUCUGAUUAACUUGAAUAAAUUAAUUGAAGAGCAGGACAGGUGAUGUCUUGUGCAGUUAUUAAAAGUACAAACUAUUGAUCAGAUCACUCUGAAUGACUGAAGAAAGAACACAAACAAAACAACUAAAUAUCUGAGAAUACUGUUGUUUAGUUUUUUUGGGUUCUUUUGUAUACACUAAGAUUAAAUGGACCAACACAUCAGAUCACCUGUUUGACUUGGGCUACUGGGCUAGUUUUAAAUAGUUGCUUACUGAGACAUUUGCACUUUAGACGACACCAAUGUUUGUAUUGAAGUUUGGAAGUAGAUAUCUUUACUAGAUUUAUUUCACAUAUUAUUCAUAAAUGUAACAUUCAAAAUGGCUUUCACAUCAAAAUAUCAAUAAAUGUUACUCAUGCAUUUCAAAGAAAA